UAAAUAGUAACAAAUCUAUGGCUUUACUGCUUUUUCUCCCUUCCCUCUCCCUCUCUCUCUUUCCACUUUUAGUACAUAACUCACUCACUGAGACAACACGGCCUCCUGACUCGGUUCAACUCAGCUCACAUGCCCCCCCUUUCUGUCAAGCUGCAUCAGCUCUCACUCUCUCAGUUUUACCUGAUUCUGUUUUGUAACUUGGGGGUGACCUGGUGGAGCUUAGAGCUUCUAUGGUGACUUUGUUAGCAACCUGGUGGCAGCAUUGCUCAGGCUAAAUGUGCUGAGCAUUAUUUUCUUGUCCAAGAUGGGAAGGGGAAAGGUCCACUUGAAUGACUCGACAGAUUAGAUUUCUCUUGUUUGUUUCUUGGGAAGGGAGUUUAAGAAUCUAACUAGAAUGAUGGGCUGAAAGCGACCUUCUUAUGUGAAGCCAACUGUUCUUCUUUGGCUGCUUCCUCCUUUUUUCUGUCUAGCUUCUGCAAGCCUCUUAUAAACUGGGUCGUGAAGGUCCUGAUCUUUUUUCUCAAAGGGAACCGUGAAUUUUUACUGCCUUCCUAACACGAUAUUUGCUUAAACAGAGGAUCCAAGAAACACCCUGCAAUUUGACUUGAAGGUCUAAGUAGUGCAUUGGGCUAAACCCUCGCUGUAACUAGCAAGAAGUGAUUGUGCAAGGGUGAUUGUAUAUGUAUUGUAUGGGAAGAAGAGAACCUAAAUCUGUUUUGUAAGGUCAGUUUCUGUGAUGGACUGGAACUCCACUGCAUCUGAGGGGAACUGGGAGAACAUAGCAGGGUUAAGUGCCAAGGCUAGUGACAUUCCAAAGCAAGUACCAUUGGCAUACCAUGAGACACAGGGAGAUGGAGCAAUUGAUAAAGCGAUAACUUAUUCGUCUGGUGGUGGUUUAUCAAGCUCUGAUUUGUGGCAUUGCUCUUCAUCCAAGAGCUCAGUUUCACCCUCUGUCGACUCUUCAUUGAAGGGGGGGAUCAAGACUUAUAGCACUGCAGAUGGUUUUCCUGGAGUUAUCAUUAGAAAGGACUUGACUAGGGUAGAAAGUACUGAGAAUAUUCCAUCUCUGGGUGCUUCUGCUAGCUCUGGUGAACCAGUAAUUGGCUUGAAGCUUGGUAAACGGAUGUACUUUGAAGACAUUUGUACAACCAGCACUGCCAAAUCAUCGUCUUCAUCCAUUGUUUCCACUUCCUGUACUGCUACAACAAAGAGAUCUAGGGCAUCAUAUCCAAGUACACAGUCUCCACGUUGCCAGGUGGAAGGAUGCAACCUUGAUCUCAAGUCAGCUAAAGAUUACCAUCGCAGGCAUAGAAUCUGUGAAAAACAUUCCAAAAGCCCAAAGGUUAUUGUUGCUGGCAUGGAACGCCGAUUUUGCCAACAGUGCAGCAGGUUCCAUGAAUUAUCAGAGUUUGAUGACAAGAAGCGAAGCUGUCGUAGACGUCUCUCUGAUCACAAUGCAAGGCGGCGGAGGCCACAACCUGAGGCAAUCCGGUUCAAUUCAGCAAGGCCAUCAUCAUCACCAUCAUCAUUUUAUGGUUGUCAUUUCAAUUUCAAAGAUGGUAGACAGCAGAUGAAUGUUGUAUUGAAUAGGGUGCCUUUCCUGGCAGGAAAUUCAACUUGGCAAAGCGAGUGCGGCUUUAAAGUCACUCAUGCCGGAGAUUUUUUUAUUAGGCCUGCAAAAGCAGGGGGCAUCCAUAGGCAGCUUAGCUAUCCCUGCAAUGAAGUGCCAGAUGCAGCUUCAACAAUACCAACAGACUCGGAUAAAAUUCUCUCUUUUGAGAGAAGUACACCCCAGGUCUUUAGUCAAGGUUUCGAGGGGUCUGCAUUAACUUCUAACAUUGAGGUAGCACCAGAUCUUCGGCGUGCUCUCUCUCUUCUGUCAACCACUUCUUGGGGCUCGAAUGAGCAUGGAUCCACCUCUCUGGAUCAACUGAUGCUUGCAAACCAAACAAGCAUGACACAGCCAAUGAUAAAUGCUGAACUCCAAAAUUGUCCAGUUGCUUCAUCAGAAAAUGCACGGAUGGAACAAGCAUCCCUUGAGUCUCGGGUGCAUUCUUUGGAUUUACAUGACAAUGGAAACAUCCAGUUGCAAGAGUUUCAGCUGCUCAAAGCACCCUAUGCUACCGGCUGCUUUUAUUCCAAUCAAUUCAGCUAAUUAUUGGAAAUGAUUCAGCUCUUCCUUUUUGAAAUAACUGCUCGUUAAGGUUUGCUUUCAUCUGGCUAUUUUUCAAAAUCGAACAUUUGGAUGGUUUCAAAAGCAUCAACUUUCAACCAUUUGAAGUCUGCCAGAAUUGCCAGAAUUGCAGUUCAAACUAAUGUUUGCCAGAGUGCAGUUUAAAAGGAAGUCCAGAAUAAAGUUGCUGCUGCACCGUAUUUUCUUGACUAAAAACACCAUCUCAUAACACCAUUUGGACUGCAAUGUGGCUAAAACCUUGCUAUUACCUCUCUCUAUCUGGACAGUAUCAUUGGCCAUGACAUUUGUAACUUUGUCAGACUGCAAAAUGAAUGGUUUGAGGGAUUUUUUGUC